AUGGCCUCGUCUGUGGUUGACCAUCUUGUCAAGUCACAGCCUACUGCUGCAGUCGCCGUCCUCUAUCUCAGCUAUGUCAAUCAGCACGAGCAAUCUCUACGUUGCUUUAUGGCCGAACCGCUUAGACAGCUGGCGUAUUCCGACUGCGCAGUCGACAAAUCAGUCCAGGCCAUGUUUAACGACAACCUCAAGGUCCCAGAACCAGGCGAAGAACGACUCGAAGCCGCGUUGGUGUCUGUAUUAUCAGGCCGGGGUUCUGCCUUUGUCGUCGUGGAUGCCGUUGACGAGUUCCAAUCCCCGAAGUUGAGGAACGAUCUAGUCACAGCUUUACUGCGAAUACAAUCGCAGGUCCCAGUGAAUAUCUUCUUGACAUCGCGGCCCGAUCAAGGCACGUCUCAGAUUCUCAGAGAUUGCUCUCAUAUUGUUAAAGAGCUUCUUGGUUCCCAGGAUGACCUUGACAUGUAUCUCUCCGCCGAGCUUUUGCGCGUAUGCCCAUGGGAAGACGCAGGCUCUCGCAGUCUCCAUCAAGCAAAGAGGGACAUCAUGGAUGCUGCUAACGGAAAAUUCCUCAUUGCACAUCUAUGCUUGAACGCCCUCCACGCCGUAAACAUAUCCUCCACCCAGGACUUAACAGCUGCUUUAGAACAGUUAAAAGCGAGCCCUGAUACCUCCCACACCCAGAAGUCGAUACUACUUGAAGAUAUAUACCGCAAGACAAUAACGCGUUUAAAGCUUCAACGCAACAACGUCGGUAUGCGGGCUCUCAUGUGGGUGACUUGCUCCAAGAGGCCGCUGUCCCUUUCCGAGCUGGAGCAGGCACUCGCCGUUCAAAUGAUCAAAGACACGGCUCCUGCAUUAAGACAGUUACCUGUGAUAUCGAUGAAUACGAUACUGUCCGCCUGCCUCGGACUCAUCACCGUGAACCCAUCCCCUGACAGCAUCGUAUUCGCCCACAAAACCGCCCAUGAAUACUUUUCCACCUGGAGGGACGAGUACUUCCCAAACGCAGAGGAUGAAAUAACCAGGACGUGUACUUCAAUGCUUCUGCUCUAUACGCCGUCUGCAUUCCUCAGCCUGUCAAACAGCGCUGCCCAACUUGAGCGCCAGGAGAAAUCACACCACUCCCAUCCAUUCUACUUCUACGCAGCAUCACACUGGGGUAACCAUGCCCGCAAAACCAAUGCCCACCGUGAUCUGAUUAUGAGGUUUCUCGAGCAGGAGGACAAAGUAAACGCCACUGACUAUGUCCAUCGAUCGUCGGGCCAUUCCCCGAACACCACAAUAAGACCGUACCGUGUCCCCCACCCGUUGCGUGCAAUUCAUCUGGUUGCGUUCUUCGGUCUUGAGGAUAUAUUUGCCCGUCUACCCGAGAUGUAUACAUCGCGCAAGAUAUCGCUAUUCCCCGACAGGACGUGGUCAAAGGAGUUGAACUGCGUAGCUACUAUUCAGAACCUAACACCACUCCACUAUGCAGUCAGAGGGGGGCACCAGGGAAUGGUUCAACUACUUGUGAAGUCUGGGGCAGCCGUUAAUAAAGGAGACUGGCAUCAUGUAACGCCGUGUGGCUUUGCGCGUCACUACGAGCAGCAGGACAUUUACAUAUUUCUGAAAAAGCACGGCGGAAGGACCUCGGAUGAGAUGCCUGGGAAGGAGGAGCUUGGGUUGGUAUGGGACUUGACGAAGCAUUAUGCUAGAUCAGUCGACUUGAGCAUUAUUCGGUUUAUUUAG